AUGAGGAAGAACUGGGCAUCUAGAAGAGGUGAUGUCUUCUCCUUGCCAGGGGAGAUGGGGGAGCCGGGAGAGAACUUAAGCCGCAAAGUCUACAUCCGGAUCCAUAUCAGAAGUUUCUUACUGUUGGGAUCCAGCGGGGCACUAAAGGAGACAGAGGAGAAAACGGUCAAAAGGGAGAACCAGGAAUUGGGUUCAGAGGCCCCGUUGGGGGAGCCUGGGGCCCCCGGACCUCCGGGAGUGCAGGGCAUCCAGGGUAUUCGUGGCAACCCUGGCAUUCCAGGAUCACCGGGAGAGAGGGGACCCCCAGGUCCACUGGGCAUGCCAGGGCAGAAGGGGGAGCGUGGUAAGAGAGGCAGGAAUGGAUCCACUGGGCCAGCAGGACGUCCAGGGCCCCCGGGAAAACAGGGGAUCCGAGGGCUACCCGGGACGAAUGGCAACAAGGGGGAGAUUGGCCUCGGUGUGGCAGGUGUGAGAGGUCCCCGUGGACUGCCAGGCCCCGGGGGGGAGGAGGGCAUUGCAGGAGUCCGAGGCCCCAUUGGCAUGAUGGGUCUGAAAGGCCUGCCCGGAGCGAAAGGAGAAAGAGGUGAUCGUGGCCUCCUGGGACCCAAGGGAGAAAGAGGUGACCCCAUUACUAUUUUUGGACCUCAAGGCUAUAAAGGCAACAAAGGAGAUCUGGGUGAACGGGGCCUGCCAGGCUUUGAUGGAGACAAAGGCGAGAAAGGGGAAGAUGGGCCUGCAGGAGAUAAGGGGGUCAAAGGCAAGGCAGGUGCGAAAGGGGCCAUAGGGCUGUUCGGCGCCAGAGGACCAGUGGGGCAGAAGGGGGCCAAAGGAGUUCCUGGCCUGGGCGGAUUUAAAGGGCAGGUUGGAUUGCCGGGGAAGAUUGGUGUGGCUGGACCACCUGGAUCUCAAGGACCACAGGGUGACCCAGGACCACAGGGUGCAAGAGGUAGAAGAGGAAGACCUCAGCUCUGCCUCAGGGGUCCUGCAGGUACUCCUGGCAACAAAGGAGAAAAGGGAGGAAAUGGUCCAGCUGGUGUGAAAGGAGAGAAAGGAGGUCCUGGCCUUUCUGAAGAAGAAGUGAAGGAUGUGGUCAGGAGCGAAAUGAGUGACAAAUGCAUUUGUGCAGACCUGGGUGCAGACUCUCCAGGAGAAAUCAGCAGGAAUAUCAAAGAGAAUUUUCAAUUGCCAGAACUCAUUGGGAAGGCCGAUGAAGCUCAACAAGAAUUACUUAGUGAAAUACAGAAUACAACCGAACCAGAGAUGCCUAUCAUGGAAUCAACUCCAUUUAUGCCCGCUCCCAGUGAUAAGCAGCUAAUGGCUCAGGCUCGGCGCGAGCAGCGACGUGCCCGCCCAUUAGAAGGUGAAAUGUACUGA